AAUUACAAGUCGCCACCUGACGCUUAGCCCAAAUUCGAGACGCCUCCCAGACUCUCAGUCCAAGGUCCAAGCCCCCGCCACCGUGCCCUCGCCGCGAUCUCCCGCCCGAUCCCCCAUGGCCGGAAUCAGGCUCUCUCCUGAGGAGCCCGAAGUUCCGCACGGCACCCCGCCCCGACCCCAGCUGCCGCCCGCCGUCGCCGGCGCCGGCGUCGCAGCGGGCGGCGGCGGCAGCGGUAGCCUUGAGAUGGCUUCGGACGACGAGCGGUCGGUGGCGGCGGACUCGUGGUCCGUGCGGAGCGACUACGGGAGCACGCUCGAUGACGACCAGCGCUACGCCGACGCAGCCGACGUGCUUGCCGCUGCCGCGGCCGCCGCCAACUUCCCCUCAGCUGCCUCCGAUUACUGUUCUGACAAGGAUGAUCAAGAAUCUGGCGAUGUUGAAGGCUCAAUGCUGGGUCUCCAAAGUUACUGGGAUGCUUCUUACUCAGAAGAUCUUGCGAAUUUUCAGGAACACGGUCACGCUGGAGAAAUAUGGUUUGGUACAGAUGUAAUGGAUACAGUUGCUGCUUGGACAAAAAAGUUAUGUGCAAGCAUUCCCCAAAGUUGGAUUUCGUCAGAUAAUGACAACAUAAAAUGUGAAGUUAAUGAGGACUUCGUCAACUACCCUGUGCUUGAUCUUGGAACUGGGAACGGCCUCCUUUUGCAAGCACUUGCCAAGCAGGGGUUUUCAGAUUUAACAGGAACUGAUUACAGUGAAGGAGCCAUUGAACUUGCAAGAAACCUUGCUGCUCGUGAUGGCUUCACUGCUAUAAACUUCUUGGUCGAUGAUGUACUUGAGACAAAGUUAGACAGGAAAUUCAAAAUUAUUACAGACAAAGGUACAUUGGAUGCCAUUGGAUUGCAUCCAGAUGGACGUGCAAAAAGAGUAAUUUACUGGGAGUCUGUGUCAAACUUGGUUGAACCUGGUGGCCUUGUGGUCAUAACAUCAUGUAAUCACACGAAGGAGGAGCUUCUGCAAGAAGUAGAAGAUUUCAGUAAGCGAAUCUUUGGCAAGGAGGAUGUGGAUGAAGGUGCAGGCGAUGUGCCCAAGAUCUUCCAUUAUAUCGAUCAUGUCCAAACAUAUCCUACUAUCAUGUUUGGCGGAGUCGAGGGAUCCCAAGUGUGUACUGUGGCUUUCCAACGGGCGUGAAAGGCCAAUUUAAGCGGGGUUUCUCUCUAUGUUGUAGCUCAUUUUAUCUUCAGUUGUUAUUUUAGCCUAGACAGGGAUGUCCCUUUCCAGUUUACAAGGUCAUAGAGUAAGAUAACAUUAUGAAGCAAUUUUUGUGUAGUGUAAACAAACAAGGGGGACACUGCUGUACUGUAUUAUCAAUGUACUGUGAACGUUUACACAUUUAUAUAGAGUUGCAGUUUCAGUUC